AUUCUGAAAAUAGGUUAUGUCUUCGUUUGUUUGAAUUUUAUUUUUCUGAAUUUUGAAGAUUCAAACUGUCAACAAUAUUGUUUUUGUAAUUUAAUGGGAUUGUGGGAAUAUUUAUAAUAAAAUGGAUCUAGAGACAUCAAAGAUUUGUAGGGUCUGCUUGGAAAAAACUCAAGAUGCAAAAGUUUUUGAUAAUUUGACCACAAAAAUGUUGGAAAUUCUCCCCAUACAGAUGAAUACUUCUGUGAGUAAAGGUCCUGUGAUUUGUUCGGCCUGCUCAAAAAAUUUACAGAAAUCUUUCGAAUUUAAAUCGACAUGCCUCUCUCAAGAUAUAUACUUGAAAACUUUCCUGAUGGGUGUAACUGAAGUGGUCAAUCUACAAGAUAUUAUAAUGAAUAAAAAUAUAUGUAGAGAAAUUAUAAAGAAAGAAGAGGAAAAUAUAUGCAGAUUUUGCUUGAAGUAUUACUCUAUGGAUUAUUUGACAUCCCUAAGUAAUUCAGAAGACUUGUUCUUGAAAGAUAUUCUAGAAAGAUGUUGUUCAGAGAUCGAUUUGACCAUAUCUAUUGAUCCUCUUGCAUGUAACAGUUGCAUAGAAUCUUUGCAACAUCAGUUCAACUUCAUCGCCCAGUGCAGCGAUUCUGAACAGUUAAUAAUAAAUUACAUGUCCUUUGAGAAUAUUCCUUCCAAUCAAGAAAUAAAAUUAGAGAAUGUUUAUGAAUAUACUGCGAGAACAAAGAGUGAGUUCAAAAGCAGCAUAUAUUUCAUCAAACAGGAGGAAGAAAGCGAGCCCGAUGAUGAAUUCUUUGAAGAUAUAGGAUCUGGACCUUGCAAGGUGGAGAAUGCAAUACAUAUGAAAACUGAAGGUACCUACAAAGGCUGCAACUUCUCCCCAAGGUUGAAACCAAGAAGUAAAGCACCUUGCAACUUUCCUUGUUCGCACUGUCCUUACAAAACACAUCGUCGAGACAGCCUCAUUUCCCAUUUACUAGUCCACAAAAAUUCUGAUAAUAUCAAAACCCAUAAAUGUGAUAUUUGCAACUUCGAAUCAAAAUGGAGGACCAGUCUCACGUCACACAUGCUCAGACAUAAAAAACUGACUGACUUAACUAUGUACAAAUGUAACGAUUGCACCUAUCAGUCAAAGUAUAAAAAACAUCUUAGGAGACAUAUGAAAACACACAGCAAUAAAACAAUUUACUCAUGCGAGUUCUGCAAGUGCAGGUCAAAAUAUCGGGAGUACAUCGAUAAUCACAGGUGUAAGCAUAAUCAGAUGAAGCAGGAAGUUAAAAUAGAACCAGAAGAAAUUAAAGUUGAAGAGGAGGGUAAUAGAGAGAAAUUCCCGAUUGAUUGUUCUUCUUUCACGAAAGUGAUUGAACCAUCCAAACAUUGCUGGUGGUACAAAUGUCACUAUUGUCCCUAUGAAACAAAAAAGAUCCACCACAUGAAGGAACAUUCAGUGAAACACCUCAAGAAAGAUGAGAUGGAUCUUCACGAAUGUGGGCUUUGCAAGUUUAAGACGAAGUAUAGAGCUAGCUUGAACCAUCACAAGAGGCAGAUCCAUCGGAGAAAGGAUAUGGUUGUGUAAAGGGCAUUGAGGAAGAAUGUUAUAUUUAUGAGAAUUGAUGUUAUGUUUCGUUAUUUUGAGUUUAAGUUUAUUUGUUGA